UCUUCAGUCGCGUCAGUGUUCACUCGAUACUCUCCUUUCCCACAGAUAUAGAUUAACUUUUGUUGCCGCAACGAUAGCAAAAUGAUUGCAACAUUGUGCCACUGUGCGCUGUUGCUGUUCACAGCCGGUUUAGCCCAAGGCAUACGAAUCGCACAAGUCAAAUGUGCCGAGUAUCGCAAUGCAACGAUCGUCAUUUCCAAGGCCAUACCUUUGGUAUUGAAUCCAACGCCGGUAGUGUUUAGUGGUUUCAACUGCUCCAACUCGGUAAGUUUGAUCGUCGGCGGUGAAGAAGCCAAGGAGGGCGAGUUCCCACAUCAAGCUCUGCUGGGCUGGCCGAUGGUCGACCAGCCGGAGAAGUUUUCUUUCCGUUGUGGUGGCUCACUGAUUAGUAACCGUUUUGUGCUCACCGCUGCGCAUUGUUCGCGGUAUGGUCGACCCGAUAUUGUGCGGUUGGGUGAAAACGAUCUGCGUGAGGAAUUCGAUAACCAAGUCGAUAUAGAUAUCGAAUACUUCAAGCGGCACCCGGAAUAUCGCUUUGCUACCUCUUAUCAUGAUAUCGCCCUGAUAAAGCUCAAACAAGAGGUGAUCUUCUCGCAAUUCAUUUUACCUGCAUGCUUGUGGAAUAGUUUUGAGUUGAAUGUUACUUCGGUGAUUGCGACAGGAUUUGGAAACACCGAGUUUGGUGACGUUGAGGAGCACAAAUCGGACACGCUUCGUAAAGUACAACUGGACUUGCUCGAUAGAGACGAAUGUUCAAACCAAUUCAUAGGACUUCGAAAUUUCGACCGUGGUAUCGCGGAUGAACAGCUAUGUAUAGGUAGCAAACGAGGGGGAAAGGACACCUGUCAGGGCGAUUCCGGUGGUCCGGUUCAAGUUAUUACUGAACCAAAGGGUUGCAUUUACUACGUCCUGGGUGUUACUUCUGCUGGGUCAUCUUGCGGCACUGGACGGUCCCCUGCGGUUUACACAAGAGUUUCCAGCUAUAUAGAUUGGAUCGAGAGCAUUGUGUGGAAGUAGAAAGCGAUGUACGAGUCUAGUGGAAACCUAUGUUCCGGUGGUGGUGUGAGGACCUAAUGUUGCAAAUAUAUUUCUUAUUUCAAAGACAA